CCCUGAGAAAUACUUACGACCUCCUCCACUACCCCUCUUCACACAACUGACCUGUUCUCCCCCAUAUCCUCCUCCCCACAGGAAUGUUAAUGGUGCCUGGAGACUUGAUGGCGGGGACGACGACGAUGCAAUGCCGCUCGCAGUACCCCCUGCAGGAGGACGCGGGAACUAUCUUCGCCGAGCAGCCCCACUAUCGCAAGCAGUUCUCCUACCUGCUCAUUGGAACAGGUGUCGUUGCCGUGGCGACGGGCCUCGGCAUGACGUGGGCGAUGCACAAGUACCUGUCGUUCUCGAGCGGCCCCGUCAUCCUGCUCGUCGGAUGCGUUGCCAUGGUAGUCGGCAUCGUCCUGCUGAAGCGGCACAGCUUCGGCGUCGACGACAACUGCGCAGCAGACGACGACGCGGAAGCCGCCACGGGGGGGCGCCGCUUGCACACACUGCGCUACGCGCGACAUCGCAACGAGGUCGUCGUCGUCGACUUCGCCGUUCCCGCCGCCGCGACGGUGGCGCCCCCGCGGUAUUCGGCGUUGUUCGACGGGGGCGAUGCGUGGCGCCACCAGGGGGCGUGCGCGUGCGCUGAGCGCGGGCGCUGCCGCUGCGAGGAGAUGGAGAGUUUCGUCGCCGAUGCGGAAGACAGUGGACAGGGGGCGCCACCAGACACGCGUCCGCCGCCGUACGAGAGCGUCGUUCGUGCGGAGCAGUGACGAGAUUGCGACGGUGACCACACGAGGGCGCCACCUGCCUCGUGCACUCCUCCCACCGGUGCAGCACGCCACUUAUGCUCGCAGCAAUACUCCCGUGUGCAAGACUGCGCCACGAACAACCCGGGGACUCCUAUAGAUGGAGCCACAGGUCCUGCGCGCUUCCACGCAGGGGCUGUUAUAGAUGGAGCCACCAGUCCCGCGCGCUCCCACGCAGGGCGCGUGCCGUCUGCUAACCUCAGCCGCACAGAAACGCGGUUCCAGAGUGCAAUAUGAACGUACGUUGUACAUAUUGGUGUGUGUGUGUGUGUGUGUGUGUGUGUGUGUGUAAAAAUACAUGUAUUAAACUGUAUGUAAGUGUGUGUAACUGUAUCAUGUCGGUGAAAAGAUAGGAAGUGUAAAUAUCAUCGUAUACGUAGAGAUAUAAAUGUACAGACGUAAAAAUACGUGCGUGUAAAUACGUGCCGCAUGGCCCAGUCGAACGCGCGGUGAAAGACGAAGCGUGCGUGCGUCGGCAUGGCAACCGCGUGUUGCGGUCGUCAUGGUUACUUGCGCGCGGGGUUACGUCCGAGUAACAGUCGGUAGCAGCUGGUAGCAUAUGAUCUUCACCAGCCGCUCACGAUCUUCUCUCUCGUGUUAGUCAAACACCACUGCCAACAACUGCAUGACCUGUUACUACGUCGCACGCGUACACGCGACUUCUUUAUUUUGCUAAUAAAAUUGGAUCUUUUAAAAAAAAAAGA